AUGGCUCUUUCACAGUCCAGCUCCCACAGCCUCAGCCGGAGGGGCUACGGUCUGGUGGGCGGCAGUCUGCGCGUGCACAGCAGUUGCUCGCCUCACCCUUUCCCCCUCGCCCCGGAGCAAGAGUCCCUGCUGUCUCACCCUCAUCUCCCCCACCACAGCCGCCACCGCAACCACCACCCCCCCCCCCCUGCCCCGCCCCCACCACCGCUACUGUCCCGCCAGUACGGCACCAGGCGCGACCGUCGGGCCCUCUCUCCCACAGCUAACCUGGCUCACGGCUUCCAGGACUCAGGGCGGAGGAGCGGUGGUGGGGGUGGGGGCUCUGUGGUGGGCAGUGGGGGGUUUGGGACGGACCACAGAGACUGUAACGGGAAAACGGCGCACACGACUCUCAUCACAGAAGUUUACCCUCAAGUCAACGCCAGGAAAGACCGCGCCGACCUGGACGAGGAGACGGACUAUAGCAUUUGUUUCCGGGUGCAGAAGAUGAUGGAGGUGUACCGGCCCGACUGGUGCGAGAGCCGUGAGAACUGGUCCGUCUACCUGUUCUCCCCUCACAACAAGUGA